AUGGAGCAGCCGAGAGCCUGCCAGGAAACUCUGGACAGCCUGAGCGUGUUCCACACCAAUGACUCCUACCAUUCCCAGAACUGCAGUGAAGAAGCGGCCACCUACCAAGAUGCCACCCCUCUCUCCUGGAAGGUUGUCCUGACCCUCAUCUUGGCCCUUAUCACUUUGGCCACCAUGCUGUCCAAUGCUUUUGUGAUCGCCACGGUCUACCAGACUCGGAAGCUCCACACGCCAGCCAACUAUCUCAUAGCUUCCUUGGCUGUCACUGACCUUCUGGUGUCCAUCCUUGUCAUGCCAAUCAGCACCAUGUACACUGUGACUGGAAAAUGGACCUUGGGCCAGAUAGUCUGUGACAUCUGGCUCUCUUCAGAUAUCACUUGUUGCACUGCUUCCAUUCUCCAUUUGUGCGUGAUUGCCCUGGACAGAUACUGGGCCAUCACUGAUGCGGUUGAAUACUCGACCAAAAGGACUCCUAAGAGGGCAGCAGGCAUGAUUGCUUUGGUGUGGGUCUUCUCCAUCUCCAUUUCGAUGCCCCCCUUAUUCUGGCGCCAGUCGAAAGCUGAAGAGGUGGCUGACUGUGUGGUGAACACAGACCACAUCUUGUAUACAAUCUAUUCCACAGUGGGAGCCUUCUACUUCCCCACCCUAUUACUGAUCAUCCUGUAUGGAAGGAUCUACGUGGAAGCCAGAUCUCGGAUUUUGAAACAGACACCAAAGAACAUGGGCAAAAGGUUAACCCGAGCUCACUUAAUAACUGAUUCUCCUGGGUCCACUUCGUCAGUCGCUUCCAUAAACUGCAAAGCCUCCGAGGCUUCCAGUGAAACGGGAUCUCCCGUAUAUAUGAAUCAAGUCAAAGUGAAGGUGUCGGAUGCCCUGCUGGAAAAAAAGAAGUUGACAGCUGCUAGAGAACGGAAAGCUACUAAGACUUUGGGGAUUAUUUUAGGAGCCUUCAUUGUAUGCUGGCUACCCUUCUUCAUCAUCACCUUGGUGUUGCCUGUUUGUAAAGAUGCUUGCUGGUUUCACAUGGCAAUCUUUGACUUUUUCACUUGGUUGGGAUACCUUAACUCUUUGAUCAACCCCAUCAUCUACACCAUGUCCAACGAAGACUUCAAACAAGCAUUUCAUAAAUUGAUACGGUUUCGAUGCACAAGCUGA